AUGGCGGAGGAGAAUCACACCAUUGUUACCGAGUUCAUUUUGCUGGGAUUCACAGACAACCAGCAGCUCAAAGUCGUGAUCUUUGUGGUGAUUCUGUUGAUCUACCUGGUGAUCCUGGUGGGGAAUCUCGGGAUGGUCACUUUGAUCCGGAUUGACUCCCGGCUUCACACUCCAAUGUACUUUUUCCUCAGUCACCUGGCCCUCUUAGAUGUCGGCUACUCCACCAUCAUCGCUCCCCAGACACUGAUGUUCUUGGUAGUGGAGAGCAAAGUUAUUACAUUCUCUGGAUGCGCGGGGCAGUUCUACUUCAUAUGCAUUGCAGUGUCCUGUGAAUGCUGCCUGCUGGGGGUGAUGGCGUACGACCGCUUCAUGGCCAUCUGCAACCCACUGCUCUACACCGUUAUCAUGUCCACACGGUUCUGCGUGCUGCUGGUGCUGGCGUCGUACCUGGUCGGCCUGGUAAAUGCAACAUUUCAGACUGUAUUUAUAUUCCGGUUGUCCUUCUGCAGAUCAAACGUCAUCAAUCAUUUCUUCUGUGAUGGGCCCCCCCUCCUGAAGCUGUCCUGCUCCGACACGCACAUCGCAGACAUGGUACAUUUCAUCUUUUCUACUGUAAUUGCAUUAUCUACUGUCCUGACCAUCAUCAUCUCCUACGUGUGCAUUCUGGUCGCUAUUCUUAGGAUCAACUCCACGGAGGGCAGGCGCAAAGCCUUCUCCACCUGUGCCUCCCACCUGAUGGCCGUCAGCAUUUUCUAUGGGACCGCCAUUUUUAUGUAUUUACGGCCGAACUCAAAGUACUCCAUGGACCAGGACAAAAUCAUCUCCGUUUUUUAUGCCCUGGUGAUCCCCAUGCUCAACCCCCUGAUCUACAGCCUGAGGAACAAGGAGGUGAAAGAGGCUUUUAGGAGGAUACAAGACAGGAAAGUCCUUUCUCUGUAA